GCUCUGCUGCAACAGUCCUUGAGAAACAUUGCGGAGAUACAGGAGAGUUCUACAAAAGAUUCACUCUUGACCAAAUACUAAAACUUGCUGAACUUCUACCAGUUUUAAAAGAUGACGAUAAUUGGCAAGGUAGUGUUUUCCAGAAGAAGUUUCACUACGAGCUUGAUCAGGAGAACAUUGACGAGUUUACUAAUGAAGAAAGGCUUGAGCAACUCAAAGAAAUGUACAAGAGCGCUUCAGAUAUGCCAAAGACCUUCAAAUCUCAUAUCCUUUUAGAGAUUUUAGUUUAUGGAAGAAAAAUGGAUCUUUGCUACAAAGAGUACUUCUCAGCAUACUUGGAAAAUCCAGCCAGUAAUGCAUGCAUGUACUCGGAUAAGAACACCCUUGUUCUUGGUUAUGACAACAACUGGUGUAGGUUCUACCAAAACAUUUCAGGGAGAAAUGAUAUUUCAUCAGUUCAGCAUGACUUCCAUAGAAAUCUCCUCUUUUAUUAUCUAGAUUCUUUCUACAGAGCAGAUGUAGAUAUCAGCCAAUGGGAGAAGUUCUUCAAUAAGAAUGAUUACAAGGAGAUGCUCUCAGAAAUAAAGUUCUUGAAUGGCGAAGAGGUUAACCACCAGGAUAUUCCUAACUUAGAAGAACUUGGAACUAAGGUGAUGAUAAAUAUCCUCGAUUCUAAUCUCCAGCAUCAUAAAGUUGAUGAUAAGGUUCAAAUUCUAUGCGACUUGAAGAAUACUCCAACUGUGUACAUCAAGAUUUAUGAGUUCAAUGCUGAGAAUUACUACAAGAGCAAUCUGAGUGAGUUCAACUCACAGAUUGAUCUGGAUGGAUUAGAGCCAGCCUUUCAGAGAAUCGAGGAGUUUAAAGAAACUCCUCAGAAAAAGUAUAGACACAGAUUUGAUAUCCCUGAAAUUAAGAAGAAGCCAGGCAUCUAUGUCAUCGACUUCAUCAGUAAUGGUAUCAGCUCCAGAGCAGUGAUUAAGAAAGGAAACCUCACUCUAAUCAGGAAGGAUAUCAGAGAGGGCCAUGAAUGUUAUAUCUUAGAUGAAAACAGAGAGAUUUGUAAAGAAGCAUCCACUGCCAUUUGGUUCUCAGAUAAUUUCUACAAAGCUGAUGAUGAUGGGAAAAUCCUUAUCCCAUAUUGCAAAGAUUCAAAUGAGUACUCAAAGGCUGUAUUACUUAGCAAAGGAAUUUCAGAUAUCGAGGAUUUCUGUAGAAGCACUGAGAACUAUGACUUCAAAUGAAUUUUUACUCUUAACCAUGAAAGCUUAUUGAUGGGUAAAAAUGCAUCUCUCAUCAUAACGCCUCAGCUAAGAUGUAAUUAUAAGAAGAUCAAUCUUGAUUGUCUGAACAAGAUCGAGGUCAGAGUCACAAUGAAAUCCUAUGUAGAUGAUCUGCCCAUGACUAAAGUAUUUGACGAUCUACAGUUAAGCCAAGAGAAAGACAUUGUAGUGAAUUUCCAGGUUCCUCCAAAUCUAGGAAGUAUUGAAAUCAAUGUAGAUGCAGAAGUGAGAAACCUAGCUAAAGGUGUUUGAGAAAAGAAGACCUACUCUUGCACAAGAAGUAUUAAUGCUGGCCAAUACAGCCAUCAAGUCUUUAAAUCUCAUUUGAGAAAAUAUAAGGGAGAAUACUACUUCUACCUUCUUGGUAAAGCUGGAGAACCAGUUCCAAAUGCUGAGAUAGAGCUCAUCCAAAUAAAAACAAUGGUUACUGAUAAUAAGAUAUAUUACGAUGAGUUUGUCACUGACAAAGAUGGCUGUAUCAAACUAGGAAACCUCAAAGAAGUUGUCAACAUCAGAAUCACUGGAAACAAAAAUAAUGUAUCUUUCCAAAGGGAUUGGAAUUUACCUUAUCUUGAUGAGAAGUUCUACUACCCAGAUACUCUUGAUUACCUAGAAGGAGAAGAUAUUUUGCUUCCUUACCCUCAUGACAUGUUCAACAGUGGAUGCAUAGUGGUCGCAAAAGUAGAUAGACAGAAUGGCUCGGCCAUCAAAAACUGCUUCGAUUCGAUAGAAUACCAAAGAAAAGAAGGGCACGAUUUUGGAGAUAUCUUAAUCAAAGGGCUUGAGCCAGGAAAAUAUGUAGUUGGUUUUAAGAAACUUGAGAAAGAAAUCCAGUUAUCAGUUCAUAAAGGAGUUUACUGGGAGACAGACGACUACAUUCUCACAAAGAAUAAGCUACUGAAAAUUCCAGAUAACAAUCCUACCAAAAGAAUCACUCACUUAGAAAUUGAAGAAGAGGGGAAAGAAGAGUGUUCUAAAGUUUCUUUUAAGAUUGAUGGGUCUCAGAAAAAUCUAAAAGUUCAUUGCUUUGCUUUUAACACAUUCCCAGCUGAUAUAUGGCAAACCAUCAAUGACUACACUGGCCUCCCUAGGGAGUAUCUUGAGACAACUCAAGUAAAAACAUCUGAGAAUGAAUAUCUUUCCAAUAAGAGGCUUAAUGAAGAACUAAGAUAUGCAUUAGAGAGAAAAUACCUCAAAAGCUUCAUUGGAACUACUCUUGAGCGUCCAAGCCUUCUAUUCAAGAGCAAAUUCUUCAAAGAUACUUAUUUUGAUACACCUCAACAGCAGACUGGCUUCGGAUAUCAGAAGAAAGCAGUGUAUAAGAAGAGUGUAGCCAUUUUUGAUAAUUAUAAGCUUGCGAGUAAAAGUAGAAAAUAUGGCGGUGGAAAUGUAACUUCAGGAAAUGUCUACCCCGAUACUCAUCUGAACUCUUAUACCGAUACAGAAUAUGACGGAUAUCUGAACUUCUUGGAUACACCUCCUUUCAUAGUCCCAAAUGUUAAGAACAGAGAUGGUGAAUACUCUUUUAAUAUAAACACCAGCUUGUAUACUAAUAUGAUCAUUCUUGCUGUUGGAGAAGAUGGAGCAACCCAUAAAUGUGUUGAUAUACCCAGAAAGGAUAAAGAAAUUCCUCCACUAAAGAAGAGAAAGGUUGAAUUAGACAAACCUCUAGACUCAGAGAAACAUUACCAAGAGACUAGAAAUGCUUGCUCUCUCAAACCAGGUGAAGAACAUAUAAUCGACGAUAUUACUAGCGUAGAUUAUCAAACUAUUGACUCCGUACAGAAGGUAGGAAAGGUUCUUCAAGAAUUAUUGAGACUCAAGCAUGAAGAGAACCAACCCUUCACAACUACUUCAUGGCUAUACAACUGGAAUAAUCUUGACGAUGAACUAAAGAACAAAAAGUAUAGCAUGAACAUGUGUAAUGAACUAAAUUUCUUCCUUUAUUUCAAAGAUAAGGAAUACUUUGAAGAAGUAGUCAAGCCAAGCAUUGCUGCUAAAAUAGAGAAGUCUUUGAUAGAUUAUUUCUUAUUAGAAGACUAUGAGAAUGUCACAAGGCACAAAUAUGUCUCUGCUUAUGAUAACCUGAAUGCACUUGAACAAUGCCUUCUCAUAGCUGUAAUAAAUCGUACUGAUAAGGAUACUGCUAAGCAUCUGGCUAGUAGCUUUGUAAAUAAAGCUAAGCUAAUCGAGACUAAAAUUGCGAAGAAAAACCAGAAAUUCGACACAGUCCUUCUAAUGAAGAUCAUCGAAAGCGAUGAAGUCGAAGAUGACGAUAACGAAGGAGGCCCCAAACUGGACAAGAAGAAAGGUAAAAAGAAGAAGAUUAAGAGGCAGAGAUCAAUGUCAUGCUCUAGUGAUUCUUCAAUAGAGGAAAUGAACUGGCAAGCUAAAAGAAGAUACGACUCCGAUAGUGAUUAUGAUUGAGAAGGCGAGGAUUACGAAUACGAAGGAGAAGGCGGCGGUGGUGGAGAAUGCGAAGUAGAUGAAGAUGAUAGCGAGUAUUCCAGAGCUAGCUCAUACAAUAUGCCAAUCCAAGUACAAAGAGGAAGAGCUGGACUUAGAAGAAGAUUAUCAAAUUCUAGUCUUGGAUCAAUGUUGAGUGAUGAACCAAAUGAUAUCUUUGAAGAACAGAUUCAAGAAUGUGAAGUAAACAGCAUAGAGAACGAUUUUGAUUUUAGAAAUAAUGUAAUGCAAAGCAAUGAUGUUUUAAAUAUUCCGAGACAAAAUAGAAAUGUAUUAGCAAAGGCACCAACUAGGAUUUAUGAGAAAAAUCAAAAGUCUUUAUUUAAAGAGACAGAACCAUGCAAACAAUACUGUGAAACACACUAUUUCAAAGAGAUUUCGAACACUAAUUUUAAGAAAUUAUCAAAAAGAUCUGAGUUUUAUACCUCUCUAAUUGAUCAUAUAUUGUCUAACAACCCUUCAAACAUGAGGGAUUUGCAGUUCCUUACCCCAAACUUUAUCUACUCAUCCAUCACAUUGACAGAUUUGAUGGCUUUGCUUGCAUUGAUCGAUCUCCCUUGGCAAAGCACUGAGCAUAAAAUAGAUCCAAAAGGAGAAAGAGGAAUCUGUAUUAAAGCAGAAACCAACCUUCUUAUCUACAAGAAGGAACUCCAGACCACUGAAUAUGAUCAAGAUGAGAAUUUAAUGGUUAUCCAUAGAUUCUUUGAUGUUGAUAAUAGGACAAGUGAGAUUAAGAUUGAAGAAUUUAUGACUCAAAGGGUAUAUGGAUGUGAAAUAAUUAUCUCAAAUGUGAGUUCUUCCACACAAGAAAUCCAAUACCUGCACCAAAUUCCUGCAAAUUCAGUACCACUCAAGAACCACAACUACCAAUCCUCUUCAUCGAUUUCGAUAGCUCCAUAUAGUACUCACACUUGUGAAUUCUUGUUCUAUUUCCCUUCAGUUGGAACUUUCAGUCAGUUCCCAACCAAUAUCUCUUCUCAGUCGAAGGUGAUAUCAACUUCUAAGAAAUACUCCUUCACUGUUGUAGACAAGAAGGAUUCCAGCAACUUUGAAAGGUUCAGUGACCUUGCUCUCUCAGGUGACAAGGAAGCAAUCCUUAAGUUCUUGAAAGAAGGCAACCUCUUCCAGAGAGAACUCAUGUUCCACAUGAAAUAUCUGAGAAAUUUCCUCAGUGAUAAAGCCUUCUAUGAGAAAGCUAUUAGUAUAUGCAGAGAAAGAAGAGUCUAUGGGUUUGACCUCUGGAAGUACGGGUUUAAGCAUUUUGAUCUGCAAGCUGUCAGAGAACUCAUUGAGACCGACCAGGAUGCCCAGAAAGCUACAGGUGUUUACUUCGAAUCCUCUCUUAUUAAAUGCAGUCCUGAGAAGUCUAAUUAUAGAUACUAUGACUUCUUCCCAAUGAUUAACCCCAGAGCUCAUAAAUUAGAGAAUGAAAAGAGUGCUGUUAUGUUCAACAGACAGUUCUGUGAGCAAUAUCAAAAGUUCUUAGUAAACCUUGUAGAGAAGGAUCAUCUAAAUUCAGAAGAUAAUCUUGUGUUCUCAACAUACCUUCUUCUUCAGGAUAGGAUUGAAGAAGCUCAUAAGGUUUUCCAGAAAGUAGACUCAAACGAGUUCAAAAAUCCUGAGAAGCAAUCGCUUGUGAUUCAAUAUGACUAUCUUAGUGCUUACUUCGAUAUCUUGCUUGGGUAUGAUACAGGCUUCAAAAUAGCAAGAAAGCUAAGCAAACAUUAUUCAGACUAUCCAGUCAUCACCUGGAGAAUGAGAUUUACAGAAAUAUUAGACCAGCUUGAUGAAUUUGAUGGCAAGGAGGUACUUGCUGACCAAGUAAACCUUGAAGACACCAUGGGCAAAGAAGAGACCAAAUUAGGUGAUGCAGGAGCUUUGGAAAAGAAAGAGCAAAAUAUUACGCUUGAUUUCAAGAUAGAAGACAAGGAGAUCCAAGUUGAUUAUGAAAACAUAGAAUCUGUUAACGUCAAAUAUUACAUUGUUAACCCAGAGAUAUUGUUUACUAGAGAGCCAUUUGAGAUGAAGAACUUUGGAGUUUUCAGCUAUGUCAAGCCUGUCUUCCAACAGAUCAAGAUUUUACCUCCAAAAUCAAAGAUUUUUGCAUUUAAAAUUGACAAAAAAUAUGAGACACAAAAUAUUCUGAUUGAGCUUGACUGUGGAAAGAAGAAGUGUCUGAAGACUUAUUUCCCAUGCUCACUCAAGGUUAUCCCUUGUAGCUUUGAUGAGAUCAAGGUAGUAGACCUUAAUGGAAAGCCAAUCCCCAAGGUCUAUGUCAAAUCCUUCAUGAAGGACUGGAGCAGUCAAACCAAGUUCUAUAAAGAUGGAUACACAGACAUGAGAGGAAAAUUCGAAUAUGGCUCAACUAACGCAGAGAAGCUAUCCAUCCUUGUCUUUAGUGAAAAGUAUGGCUGUGUUAUGAAAGAGAUUAAGCUCAAGUCACAAAUCAAGAUUGAUGCAGAUAUUGGCUAUCUCAAUCAAAGACAGGCUCAUAAAUACUUAGCACACUCCAAAGCUGCUCCAAAAUUCAAAGGAAAGAAAAGGAAGUUUUAAACUAUAGAGUUUCAGUGCCUAA